AUGGGCACGAGGAGCAACGUACAGGGUGCGAAGGAGCACGCGUUGUCGAACAUCGCGCUCAAUGAGAAGCACAACGGACAGCUACGCGCAGUGUGGAUCGACGUCAUGAAGGCGUACGACUCCAUCGACCACGACUACUUGGCACAGGUUAUUGAGAACCUGCACUUGCCAGGGUGGUUAUCACUAUUCAUCAAGCAAACGGUGAAGAAGUGGAAUAUAGAGAUAAGGUGGCACAACAACACUCUCAUGCACAAGAAAGUCGAGAGGGGCAUACUACAGGGUGAUAGCCUGUCGCCCCUUCUCUUCGUCUUGUGUCUGGACCCACUGAGCAGGCACCUGACCCGCCUUUUUCCUAAGGUGGAGAUACAAGUGCCAGGCGACAGAGUCUACGCGACAAACCACUUUCUCUAUAUCGACGACCUAAAAAUUUUCGCCCACGAGGAGAGCACGAUUAUCGGCAUGACUCGGGAAGUGGAGCUAUUCUUCAAAAAUACAGGAUUCGUGAUCAACCGCGACAAAUCUGCAACUAACACGGAAGCUUGCUCAAGCAUAGCGAAAAUGAUGGAAGGGCCAGACACGUACAGGUACCUAGGAGUCACGGAGAACAGGCACUCAAUCACUGAAUGCAAUGCGGUGUACGAGACAAUCGUGAACGAGAUCUGCAGGAGAGUAGAGCUACUCGCAACUUCGAAGCUGUCAGCGAAAAACCUAUCGCUGGCCAUAAACGAGUACGCCCUGAGUGUAAUCAACUACUACGUGGGAGUUAUCCCCAUGGACAUCACGUACUUCAACAGGAUAGACCUGGAAGUGCGCACAAGAAUAGCCGAUACGAAAGCACACGCGAAGUGGGCGAACACGCAACGGCUCUACCUCCCCCGAAAGGAAAUGGGGAGGGGGCUUCACAGCAUGGUAUUUAGAGCAGAGGCCAUGUUGUUACGACUGUGGAUGACGUUUGCAGCAGACGAGGCAACGUCAGAAAGAAGAGCUGCCAUAAUGCAGCAUUACCGCGAGACCUAUGCGCACAUAUCACUCUUAUUACUACAUCUGGAAGGAAGAUAUGGACUGAAGUUUGAGCAAGAGGACACAAUAGAGAAGUGUCUCAGGGACCUCAGGAGGGCCCAGAACAAAUGGCUAUACGACAGAAUGGAGGUAAAAUCAACACAUAAGGUUCUGUUUGCCAAGCGUGACGACCCCAACUUGGACAUUGAGGGAUCUUCUCUAGUUUUCACAAGUGGAAUCCUCAGUCCCUCAGAAGAAGCGCAAGCCGCGGCAGUUCAGGACAGGAACCUGACAUGGAUGUCACCGACGAAGAAGUGUCCGAGGUGCAAGAACGGCAAGAAUGUGGAUCAUCUCGCAACAAAAUGCCCGAAAAUGCUGCGUAUAGAGUAUACGAGGAGGCACGAGGCAGUUGCGAGGAUAAUCCACUCGGAACUCGGGAGGCAAAUAGGACUACCCAAGGAGAAAAUGGACGCCCACAAGAUCGAGAGCGAAGUGCACGGGAAACACGGAUGGAUCGCGUACGACAAAACGGUCAAGACUCAGAAGAUCAAGGAGUACAACCGCCCAGACAUAAUAGUGGCGGAUCGACGGAGGAACAUGAUCACCAUCGUGGAAAUAGGAAUCACCAACCAGGAUAACCUAGUGGAGACGGAGAUAUUCAAGAAACGGAAGUACGAAGCUUUGAUAGAGGACCUGAAGGCGCGGCAAUUCAACCAGCACACAACGUUCAGGGCAAUCCCCUACGUAAUGACGUGGGAGGGGAUAGUGACAAAUAAACACACCAAGUACAGGCGGGACCUGGGCAUAUCGGAUCGCUUAGAAGCCCAUAUACAACGGGUAGUGAUCCAAGAAACACAAAAGCUAGUGUUGAGGGACAUGAAACCCAGAGAAGAUUAUGACUCUGUGAAUGACCCUCUCGCCCAAACAGGAUGGAUGCCACAAUGGAUGGUACCUGUGACGUUCGGUAACAUGACGUUGAAGGAGCAGUAUGUGUCUAUAGACCGCAGAUCUUAA